CACAGUUUGUAAAAUCCUGUUUUAUUGUUGUGCUUUAGAGAAAAGAAGGAAAACAUGUUUACUCUUCCAGUCAGCCACAGAUUUGUGAUCAUAAAGCCGCCCUACCCAGGAUGAAGCCACGGUGAAUCAAAAUCAGGAUGUGUAGUGUCUGUAUGCUCCUGUUUACUCUCAACAACGCUGACCACAAAGCGGGGAGCCUCCUCCCUCUUUGCUGCUCACUCCCCCUCAGCUGGUUGGCUCUUCUCGCUGCUCGAAGCAGCGGCCGAUUGGUCGGCUGAGUAGGAGGCAAAGGAUUUAAGGUUCACUUUGGUUGUUAAAAAGAACACGUUCUUGUUGAAAUGGUGGGGAAAACGUUCCUGAGAACAGCAGUACCCCGUAUACGAAUGCUGUUCCUUUUCCCAGACGUUAAUGCGAUGCUGCUUCUCAGACGCUGUCCCAGCCUGACUCGACUCGGCCGCGUCGGCACCCAAAGGUAUCAGGCGGCUCCUUCUUUUGCAUCUCGUGCAGCUCGUCUCUGCAGCAGCAGCAGCAGCAGGGAGGACCAGAGAUCAUACCAGCAUGCCAGCAGCGGUGCCAGCUGGAAGCAUAUCGUCGCUGGGCUGCUGACUGGUACUGGGGCCGUGCUGACUUAUGGUCUACACCACCAAGAGGCUGAGCAAGCCGAUGCUGGCGUGCCCGCCGCAGAGAAGAGCUCCCGUCUUCCUGUCUUCAGCAACGAUGAGGUCACGAAGCACCGCUCCCUGGAGGACGGCGUGUGGGUCACCUACAAAGGAGGCGUCUAUGACGUCACCGAGUUUGUGGCCAUGCACCCUGGUGGGAAUAAAAUCUUGCUAGCAGCAGGUGGUGCCCUUGAACCUUUUUGGGCCCUCUAUGCUGUUCAUGACCAGGAACAUGUGUUGGAGAUCCUCUCACAAUACAAGGUUGGCGAGCUGAGUGUAGAGGACCGGAAGAAGCAGGAGGACGCCAAAGUGUCGGACCCCUUCUCCUCCGACCCCGAGCGGCACCCCGUGCUUCGCGUCAACUGCAAAAAGCCCUUCAACGCCGAGCCUCCUCCUGAGAUCCUGACGGAAAGCUACAUCACCCCCCAUGUGUUCUUCUUCAAAAGAAACCACCUGCCCGUUCCCCAGGUGGACCCGGCGUCGUAUCGCCUUAAAGUGGAGGGACUGCCUGGCGGAGCGCUGACUCUGUCCUUAGAGGACUUAAAGACCCGAUUCCCCAAGCACACCAUCACCGCCACGAUGCAGUGUGCCGGAAACCGCCGCAGCGACAUGAACAAGGUGAAGCAGGUGAAAGGACUGAACUGGGGCAUAUCUGCUAUCGGCAAUGCCAAGUGGAGCGGAGCGAGGCUCAGAGACGUGCUCCUUGCUCUCGGUUACGGGCCGGAGGCGGCCCAAUGGGCUCGCCACGUUCACUUUGAAGGGCUGGAUAAAGACGAGACGGGGACAGCCUACGGCACCUCGAUCCCUAUCAACAAGGCCGUCAGCGAGGAAGGCGACGUGCUCCUGGCGUACGAAAUGAACGGCGAGGACAUCCCCCCCGAUCAUGGCUUCCCGGUGCGGGUGGUGGUGCCGGGCGUAGUGGGAGCCCGCAACGUGAAGUGGCUGGGGCGGAUCCUCGUCAGUGCGGAGGAGAGCGGCAGCCACUGGCAGCAGCACGACUACAAAGGCUUCUCCCCCGGGACAGACUGGAACAAGGUGGACCCCAAAUCCGCCCCGGCCAUCCAGGAGCUUCCCGUCCAGUCGGCCAUCACCGCCCCCGCCGACGGAGCCGUGAUCGACCGCGGCGACGACACGCUGACGGUGAAGGGCUACGCGUGGAGCGGCGGCGGCAGAGAGGUGGUGCGCGUGGACGUGUCUCUGGACGGAGGACGGACGUGGCAGGUGGCCCGGCUGAGGAGCGGGGACGACGGCCAACCCGACGAGCCUUCGCCUCCUCCGGGUCGAGCCUGGGCCUGGAAACUGUGGGAGCUAACGGCGCCUCUUCCCCCCGAGGCCGAGGAGCUAGAGAUCGUCUGUAAGGCGGUGGACAGCAGUUACAACGUGCAGCCGGACACCGUCCCUCCCAUCUGGAACUUGAGAGGCCUGCUGAGCAACGCCUGGCACAGGGUGAAGGUCAGGGUGGCAGAGGAGUAGAGGGAGGCACUGGUUCAGUACUUAGGCCCAAAACUGAGUCACCAUGAGGGGAACUGAGUUUAAUAUCUGGCUCAGUCGACAGGAAAACAAGAAUCGCUCUGAACUGUACAAAGUAUUUAUGUGGUCACGCUGCUUAAAAGAUUUACUGACAUACAGGACGGACGUUGUAUAUAAAUAAACUGAAACAUCUCGAUUGUA